UCUCUGCGUCGACCGAAAAUUUGAGUUUGUAUUGUCUAGGCCAUAGAACUUUUUUCGGUCAUUUCAUUUUCAAUUAUGCUCCAAGAGACAACUCACAUUGUUAAGGAAUUUGUCUAUUGCCUUUUGAUUAGAGGCGGAAAAAUGACACCCACACUCUACUAUUUGCCACCAAGUCCACCGUGUCGCAGCAUUUUGUUGUUGGCCAAGAUGUUGGAUGUGGAACUUGACCUGAAGGUCAUUAAUAUCAUGCAGGGCGAACAAAUGAAACCGGAAUUUCUGGAAAUGAAUCCACAGCAUUGUGUGCCAACGUUAAAUGAUGACGGUUUAGUCCUGUGGGAAAGUCGAGCCAUUUUGUCGUAUAUGGUUUCAGCGUUUGCCAAAGAUGAUACACUAUAUCCCAAGGAUGUGCGAGUUCGAGCAUUGGUGGAUCAACGUUUAAUGUUUGACUUGGGUACACUGUAUCAGCGUAUGACAGAUUAUUAUUUCCCAACCAUGUUUAUGGGAGCCCCCCUGGAUGAAACGAAAAAGGCAAAAUUAUCAGAAGCUCUGGGCUGGUUCGAUGAAAUUUUACGCGGUAGACAAUACUCGGCUGCAGAUAAUUUUACAAUUGCUGAUUUAACCUUGAUGGUUACUAUAUCCCAAAUCGAAGCCUUUGGAUUUGAUCUACUUUCAUAUAAUCGUAUUAAACAGUGGUACAAUAGAUGUAAGGAAUAUAUGGAGCCAUAUGAUUACGAGAAUUUAAAUGCCCAACAAGCAUUAGUUCUGUCCGAAAUGUUCAAAGAAAAACUACAAAAAUAA